CUCGCCCUUCUCUCUCCCUCCCCACCCCCGCUUGUUGUCGCCUUGACAGCGGGGGAAGGGAAGAGCCGGGGGGAGGGAAAGGGAGCGCAAGGACCGAGGCGAGGGGUCCGCUUUUUCUCCCUCUUCCUCUCGCCCCUUUUAGACUCGCCGCCGCCACCCCCCAGUCCAUCCCCCCCUCCCCGCCCGGCCUUCGCCUGCUCCCAGUUCCCGCCUCAGUGAUUGCCAAAUGGAUUUUCGCCGCCCGGGCAGGAGGGGAGGGGAAGAGGAGGAGGAGGAGGCAAGCUGAGGGGCUCCGCGGUGGCCUCCCCACCCCAACCCGCUUCCCCCCUUUCCCAAAAUGGGGCUGGGGCUGGCCUUGGUGAUGCACGCUUGAAGGGAGGGGUCCCCGAAGCUCCUCCCGCGCUGCCAGAAGUGCCUCCCCAGCGGACCCUCUGGGCUGGCCGGAGAUGGAUGGGACCGAGCUGGAUGGCAGCCGCAGCGCAGGAGCCCCUCAGCAAGGCUGCCUGGCGGCGGCGGCGGCAGCAGCACCCGCAGCCUCGACUCCUAACAGGACCGUUAGUGAGGCAGCAGGCGAGGAGAAAGCGAUCAGCCCCUCAGCCCAAGCAGCCACCAUGGCAGAGCCUACGGGGCAGCCGCCUCCCGCCUCCGAGGGCACAGCUACCUCGACUCCCUUCGUCGCUGCAACCCCGCAGGAACUGAAGAAGCAGCAGAAGCAGCAGCAGCAGCAUGGUGUCAAGAGGCACCAUCACAAGCACAACCUGAAGCAUCGCUAUGAGCUACAAGAGACGCUGGGCAAGGGGACCUAUGGCAAAGUCAAGCGGGCCAUCGAGAGGUUUUCAGGGAGAGUGGUUGCAAUAAAGUCCAUCCGUAAGGACAAAAUUAAGGAUGAACAAGAUAUGGUUCACAUCAGACGGGAGAUUGAGAUCAUGUCAUCUCUCAACCAUCCUCAUAUCAUCACUAUAUAUGAAGUAUUUGAGAACAAAGAUAAGAUUGUGAUCAUCAUGGAGUAUGCAAGCAAAGGUGAAUUGUAUGAUUAUAUCAGUGAAAGGCGAAGGCUGAACGAGAGGGAAACAAGACACUUCUUCCGGCAAAUUGUCUCUGCUGUGCAUUACUGCCACAAGAAUGGUGUUGUCCAUAGGGAUCUAAAACUGGAAAAUAUUCUUCUUGAUGAUAACUGUAAUAUUAAGAUUGCAGAUUUUGGGCUUUCAAAUCUUUAUCAGAAAGACAAAUUUCUCCAAACCUUCUGUGGAAGUCCAUUAUAUGCAUCUCCUGAGAUUGUCAAUGGAAGACCUUAUCGAGGCCCAGAAGUUGACAGCUGGGCCCUUGGUGUGUUACUUUACACUCUGGUUUAUGGAACAAUGCCAUUUGAUGGCUUUGAUCACAAAAAUCUAAUCAGACAAAUCAGCAGUGGAGAAUACCGUGAGCCAACACAGCCUUCAGAUGCUCGUGGCUUGAUCAGAUGGAUGUUGAUGGUGAAUCCAGAACGCCGAGCAACUAUUGAAGACAUAGCCAAUCAUUGGUGGGUUAACUGGGGCUAUAAAAGCAGUGUUUGCGACUGUGAUGCAUUGCAAGACUCUGAGUCCCCUCUGCUGUCUAGGUUCAUAGACUGGCAUCAUCGUUCUAAUGGCCUCCAGCCAGAGUCUGAUACCAAAAUUAAGUGCCUUUCGAAACCCAAAGGAUCCGAAGUCAUGCUAGAGAGACAGAGGUCUCUGAAAAAAUCAAAGAAGGAAAAUGACAUAGUACAGUCUAUUCAGGAAGGAGGUGUCGAAAAUGCAUGUAAAUUAAACUCCAAAAGGCCAAAAGGCAUCCUGAAGAAAAGGAGCAAUAGUGAACAUCGAUCUCAUAGUGCAGGAUUUAUUGAAGGAGUAGUCAAUCCAGUAUUGCCUUCCACUUUUAAAACAGAGCAGGAGUUAUAUAGGACAGGCAUGUCCAUUAAGUGUGUUGUGGAAGGGGAAGUAACGGGUAAAUAUAGCACUAAGCAGUCUUCCUUAAUGCCAAAAAAAGGAAUCCUCAAGAAGACUCAGCAAAGAGAAUCAGGAUACUACUCCUCUCCAGAACGGAGUGAAUCUUCAGAACUCUUGGACCAUAAUGAGGAUGUGGGAAACAGUGACACAUCCCCAGGUGUAACUGAAACAUUAAGAAUAGAGCCUCAUAGCCAUUCUUACAGACGGAAGGGUAUUUUAAAACACAGCAGCAAAUAUUCCCCCAGUAGCACGGAUUCAGCUUUAAUCAGCCCAGAUGCACCAACACUGGAAGCUAUGGAGGAAGCAAUUCUGCCCGGAGAUGGAUUAUCUCGAAGUUACAGCCGCCCUUCUAGUGUAAUCAGUGAUGACAGCAUCCUAUCAAGUGACUCAUUUGACUUGGUGGACUUGCAAGAGAAUAGGCUCAGAAUCAGGAGCUGCGUGUCAGCUGAAAAUGUUCUUCAGAUGCAAGAUUUCCAGGGACUUCAAAACCGCUCUCGACCACAGUACCUGAAACGCUAUCGGAAUCGGACAGGCGACAGCAGUUUUUCCCUCCUUACAGACAUGGAUGAUGUCACUCAGGUCUACAAGAAAGCUCUGGAGAUCUGUAACAAACUAAACUAGCAGGUGGGAGAUAGCAGGGCUGGAAGAAAAGGGUCUUGGGUACCUUUAUGAUGGAGUUGGCCCAAUUUUUAAUUUGCUGGCCAUGGUGGUGUAAUGGAAGAGAUAUUGAACAGUCAUAGUGUCUGUUGAGGUCUGUUGAGGAAAAAUUCAUCUCAUACUCAUUAUGCAACCUUACAGCUUAUAUAGUCAAAAUACUACCUAAUGUCAAAAGAAGUUACAAUAAUGUAUAAAGUGAAACCUCAUGAAUCUGGCAGACAGAAAAAGAUCAUGUUCCAGUGGCUAUAAGCUGAAGCUAGACAAAAUGUAAACUGGAAAAAGGGUACAUGUAUUUAUAUUAGAGAAGGUAACUUACCACUGGAAAAGCUAUAAUGCUAAAAGAAAAGAAAAACAUUUUUAAAAAGAAAAAGUCAACAGUAAAGUUAUUUGCAGGUGGAUUUGAUAAUGCCCACAUGUUCAAGGGAAUGACAUUUUCUGAUUCCAAGCCAAACAAAACCCUGAUCCAGAGAAACACAUGUGCAGCAGUGGGUUGUCUGCUGCACACACAGAUCAAUGCCUACUUGUUCAGCCAGUGAUCGGCACUGCCAGUUAUCUGCUGGUCAUGCUACCCUGUGAGAAGACAUUUUAUAAUUGCGUUGGGAAGUGUUUUGUGUAGAGUUUAGGCUAGAAAGAGAUAGUGAGAUAGUGAAAUGUUGACAAGAUAGUGAAAGUAUGGAAGGAGAUACGUUUUUCCCCAAACAAAAGAAGCAACCAAGGUCUCUGAAAAUCUGCAUAGCCAUACUGAUGUAUUAGAAUAUGGCUUCAAAUUGGGCAGAAGUGGUGGAGAAUCCUGAUAUUAUUGGUUGCAGAGGAAAACUAAAAUGUCUUGACAGUUUUUAUUCAAGCUUCAGUGCAUCUGCUAUUCCACAUUAUCUGUAGCUCCCAUUGGUAGGCACAAUCCAAAGAAACAGUUAUUGAUUUCCCAUAAAGUUAGUGGAAUGCUAUUGUGGUGUUACACAAUUGAAUUUUAAUUCCUUCAAUUAGAUUCAAGCAUGCCUUCAUUUCAUGGAAUCACUGUCUUCCAUCUCUUCCUUCCAUUAAAUUUCUUCUUUUUCCCCAGUUUUUGCUUAACAGAUUUGGUAAGAAAACUCCGGUUCAAAGAAUAACUAUUAGAAUCAUAGUCCAAAAUCCUAUUAUUUGUGUCUGCUGGCAUAAUAGAAUUGGUGUUAACUUCACUGGCAAAUUGCUAUAAGUGAAGGAAUUAGAUCAGCAUUUGUUGUUGUGUUCAAGUUGUGUAACUACGCACACAACAGCAAAUGCCUCACUAACUUUUAAACUUGCAACAGUUCACCAAUGAGAUUUUCUCCAGUUGCAUUAAGAAAGUGGAAAAACUCAACAGUAUUUAAGAAUUGUAUAGCUGGCAAGAACCUCAAAGGAUUAUCAACUUCAUUCUAGUCCUGAUAUAGGAGAUUUACAGCUAAAAUGCCCAUGACAGAAAACAGCCCAUUCAACCUCUGUUUAAAAAUCUAAAGUGAAGGAAAGUCUUAUCAUCUUCCAAAAUAGUCCACUCCACUGUCAAUUGACAAUAACAAUGACAGUUGACAUCACUAAUAGGAAGUUCUUCCAAACAUUUAGUCAAAACCUGCUUUGAAUCCUUUAACUUGGGUACUACUCUAUGCACUCAAAGAAAACAACCUUCACUUUCUCUAUCACAGCCCUUCAAAUAUUUGAAGAUGGCUCACUGUCUUCUCUUCCCCAGGCUAAACAUAACCAGCUCCUUCAACUGUUCUGAUAGGUUGUGGUUUCCAAAUAAUUUACUAUCUUGAUCAUCCUCCUCUGAACUUUUUAAGGAAUCAACAGAAUCUGGUUUCUAUAGAAUCAAGCUACACAGGAAUUUAAGGAAAGGGUCUAGGGUACGAGUAUGUAGCAGAACAAACCAAUACAAAUCUCUUACUAGGAAGAACAACUGAUAAUCUAAGAUAAGUUUAAAACAAGAAAUCAACACACAGGAGAUCAAAAACAAAACAUUGAGAUCAAACAAGCAUUUCCUAAGAUUAAAGAAAUUCUGAUGGGGAAGGGAGGAAGAACUUGUUCCGCUGUGCAAAUUGUGUGAGUCACAAAAAUUAUGAAAAUGUAUACCAUAUAUCUAAUUGUGCAAACUAAUGUAAUAGAUUUUUAGUUUGAUGAAUGGCAGAAUUUAGGUUUUGUCAAAGAAUUUGAAUUCAUAGUUACAUAUUUCAAAAGCAUAGCACAGAACUCCAGAGACUGUGUCAAUAAGUGAUGCAUUAUGAAAAUAGAAGAAAUGUGACUUUUGAGCAGGAAUACGGGAAUCAGAUAGGAGACUUAAUGAGAAAUACAGUUUAAGAAUGUGUAUGUAUUACGGAUGUUGUCGUAUGGCCAGUGGGGUCAAAUUGAAGAAGAUAAAACAUGUCUCAUGGACAUAAAUUUAAAAUUGCAGUUGAAGGCUUUAGCUCCCAUAAAGGUACCAGUUGGGUCUACUAGAAUUAUGUGAAUGUAAGCCUUUCUUUAAAUACGCACUAUGUAUUUAACAGGCCUGGGCAAUUCAGAAUCAUGGGGCCCACUUUGGUUCACAAUUAUCCCUACAAGCAGUUCCAGCUGAGUUUCAUCAUAAAAUUAGCUUACAGUGUGAAAAUCUUGCAGCUUUAAAAUAAAGUCUUAGUCCUCACAUCUAAUGAGAAAAAAUUGGCCAGGAUUCUGUUCCUGCAUUUAACACUUCCAACCUCAUGAGUUACCUGAGUAAAGAAUUUGGCCCAUUUUAACAUGCACCUCCAAAUGUUGCAGGAAACUAGUGCCAAACUCAAGAGAUUACACAAUGAAUGAUAUGUGAGUUAUAAGAAAGUAUUAUUUUACAUUUCUCAUAAUUAUGUCUGAACAGACUAAUUUUUUUAAUUAGAAUACUUUCAUUUCAGAAUGACAAGUGAAUUUAUUGGUUUUAUUUUUCCAGAGGAACUCUUCCAGUUCUUGAGGACUGCUAUAUCUAGGAAAAAGUUUUGGAACCAAUUAAUUAUUCGAUCUUCAGCAAAUGCCACUGAAUCCCUGCAAAAUCUAUAUAGCCAUACUUGCGCAAAUGAGGACAGAAUUCUUCUGUCCUGUGCUGAGAACAUUUUCUUCUUUGUAUACUGUUGAAUACCUAACACAGUAUAAGUAACUUACCUUCUCUUACCUCGCAUACUGUGUACUAUGUGGACAGCCUAUCCCUAAAGCAUGUUUACUUAGAAGUCAAUCCUAAUGAGUUCACAGGAAUUUACUCCCAAAUAAGUGAGCAUAGGAUUGAUUGCAGCCUUAGAGAGGGGUAUAUAAAUUUACAGCCUUCCCCCCCCAGCAAUUUGGUUAAAAUAUUUAUCAACAUAAAGGCCAUGCUUCGAUUCAGCUUUGUACAAACAUUGCUUGCUGUUAUAGGACCAAUCUCAAGUUGUGUUGGAAGUGGGUUUCUAUGAAAUAGUGCUGACUUACUCUGCUUGUCUGACACAAUUAAACGUUUAAUUGAUGUACGCAGGGAGGGAAAGGGAACUCUCGUCUCCUGUUGGGAGGAACUAACAAUCACUUCCAAAGUGAGCUCUACCUAAGUAGAUGAUGCCCAGGCCUGCCAUUUUAUGUACAAAUGUGAAUGAUUGAUUGAUUUCUGCCAAACUGGAAAAAUGUUCUGUAAGGACUUACUGACAUAUUAUCAUUCCUAGAAGAAGCAGAACACAUGACUGCACAUUGUUAUUAUUAGUGUUGUGUAUUUUUUUUCCUUAUUUAAUUUGGGAAGUUCCUUUUUUAUAUUUCAAAGUUGACUUUUUAAUUUGAAUUUGUCAUUUUUUUAAUUUAUUGGUCUGAAAGCCAUUUCAAAGGUAUAAUAAUAUAUUUUGGUGUAAUUUAAUUGGUGCAGCAUUAUUUUACAGCUAUGGCCAAAAUGUUUCCUUUUAAAAAUGUUGUUCUUUUUGUCUUGCUCAUUGGUUAGUUUGAUCUCUAUGAGGCAGGGGGAAAAGCUGGAUAAUCACCUAAAGUGUUUGUAUUUUUAAUCUGAUACUGUCUUUUUUAUGAAAUAAAAAAUUAAUAAAAAUGUGAA